AAAGAAACCACACACAUCAGCACUACAAAGUUGACACUUGAAACAUGAUAACUGAUGUCUUUCUCUUUCUGCUUUUUCUAGGUCUGUGGAUCACUCCACUAUCUACCAUGCCGGACUCCCCACCACUUCAGCCAUUCAGAAAACCACAUCUGUCCCACAUUUUAUACCAUCCUCACAGGAACACACACUCACCCUCAUUGCCCUCUCAUCCAUCCAUCUAUUUGAACCAAAAUAUCCUCAAACCCUCUGAAGCAUUUUGUCAACCUCCGCUGUGGUCAAAGUUCACCAGCAAAAACUCACUCCCAGACACAACCUCACCGACACUGCCACUGCAGUUACUGGCACUGGUCACUUUUGCCUGCUUGCUGCCUGCUCUUUUCAGUCAGAUUCCAGGAGCUGUAGCUGGCGAGACGUGGGGUGUAGUCUCAGCGUGCCCCUUCCAUUGUGUCUGCAGGAAUCUCUCCGAAUCUCUAAGCACACUUUGUGCCGAUAAAGGUCUUCUUUUUGUCCCACCAAACAUUGACCGCCGAACUGUUGAGCUUCGCCUUGCUGAUAACUUCAUUCGAGAAGUGGGAGGAGCUGACUUUGCCAACAUGACGGGACUGGUGGAUUUGACAAUAUCCCGGAAUACCAUCAGUCACAUCUGGCCACUGGCAUUUGCAGAUCUGGAAACUCUUCGUUCGUUGCACUUAGAUGGCAACCGACUCUCAGAGCUGGGCCCACGAGACUUAGUAGGCAUGAUAAACCUGCAGCAUCUAAUUCUCAACAACAACCAGCUCAUCAAUAUCUCCUCUGAGGCCUUCGGUGACUUUUUAUUCACUCUAGAGGUCUUGGACUUAUCUUAUAACAAUCUGUGCAAGGCUCCCUGGAAUGCCAUUCAGAGUAUGGCCAGUCUGCAUACUUUGAACCUAGACCACAAUCUCAUUGACCAGAUUGCUGAGGGGUCUUUUAGUGAGCUCUACAAAUUAGCUCGAUUAGACAUGACCUCCAAUCGGCUACAGACUUUACCACCCGAUCCAUUGUUCGCUCGCUCCCAGACAGGGGUUAUCAGUCCUACACCCUACAAUGCCGUAAUAAACUUAAAUUUUGGGGGUAACCCAUUACACUGCAACUGUGAACUGCUUUGGUUGAGGAGGCUGAUCCGCAGUGAUGAUAUGGAAACAUGUGCUACACCCCUUCAUUUGGCAGGACGUUACUUCUGGUCUAUCCCUGAGGAGGAAUUUGCCUGUGAGCCUCCGCUAAUUACCCGACAUACACACAAACUCUGGGUUUUGGAGGGUCAAAGGGCAACACUCAAAUGUCGUGCUUUUGGUGAUCCAGAGCCAGUGGUGCACUGGGUCUCACCAGAUGACCGCAUUAUUGGCAAUUCCAGUCGUACCACAUCUUUCCGAAAUGGCACUCUUGAGCUACAUGUGACUAUUGCUCGUGAUGAUGGGACAUACACUUGUAUUGCUAUCAAUGCUGCAGGUGAGGCCACCUCACUUGUUGACCUGAAGGUUAUCCCCCUCCCUCAUCGUGGAAAUGGAACGAUAUUGUUAGCUCGUGACCCAGGAUUAUCAGACAUCACCAGAGGGAAGACUUCCAGUGGGCAAAGUUCUUGUCUGGACACUACCAGUGACCCCCAGGAGGGACCGGUGGAGGGUCAGGCAGAGAGUGAGGAUGUGGUUAGCAAAGGGAUUGAGGAGCAGAUGGUGGGAGUACAAGGAGUGACCUCCACCUCAGCACAAGUGCGAUGGGAUAAGGGUCAACUGAUGGGAGCCAGCCUGGUGUGUAUGUAUCAAAUACAGUAUAACUGCACUGCUGAUGAGACACUAAUUUACAGGAUUCUGCCCCCCACAAGUGACAGCUUUCUACUGAAAAACCUGGUCUCUGACUCAGACUACAAUUUGUGCGUGCUAGUCAUUUUUGAUGACACAGUCACUUCCAUGGCCGCCACAAAGGUCCUUGGUUGCACCCAGUUUAGCACCAAGGACAAUUACCCAGACUGCCGUUCACUUCAAGUCCACUUUCUUGGCAGGACUCUAACAAUUCUGGUUGGUGGAGUUGUUGUAGUAGCGCUGUUGGUAUUUACAGUGGCACUGAUGGUACGCCACCGUGUGUGCAGUAACCAUGACAAUCAACAUGAAAUUGGUGAGGAGGUGGGUUGCUCAGGAACAGACUCCCCACCUUUUCCUGCCAAGGGAGCUGAUGUCUUUUCUCACAGUAAUGAAAAUGGGAAUGUGAUGAUGGUGGUGCUGCCCAAUGGGCUUAUUCAAAAACGAAAAGUGGCAGAGAGAGGGUUGGGGUCACCGCCUAAACCAACUUCCAAAGUAAAACCAAAAACCUUCCCAAAGCCCAAGGUGAAUUUGGAACAGUUCAGAGCAGGACUAGAAGUCGACAUGGGGUCUGUCAGGCCUCUUCCUCCAUACAUGCUGGAGAAAGAGCAAAUGUCUUUGUACUAUACCCCUAGUAAUCAUUCCCCCUCCACACAUACACGGCCAUCACAUCAGUUAGGAGUGAAACUGCUCAAACUGCGCCCUACAAAUAUGGACACAAAUAAACGGUCCAGUUUAAGCUUGGCUCCUCCCCCUACAUACAGUCAUGACAGGAGGUUCAGCACAGGAGGUGGCAUUGUAGUCAGUCGGGGAAGACCAGAGAGUCAGUGGAAUUCCUCACUGGCCUAUCAGAGCCCUGUGUUGUCCCGUGAGAGUACUCCUCACAGCGCCCUGCGCUACAAGAGAAGCUCAUCGUUCGAUAUGGGUGAAAUUGCCACAACAGCCUGCUAUAGUUAUGCCAAGAGACUUAGCAUAAUCUGGACCAAACGGAGCCAGUCGUUACAUGGCAUGCUUGUCCAGUGCACUUCAGCAAGAAGCACCGCAACAACCAGCAGUGGCAGCGAAGAUUUCCACAUGCAGCAUGCACGCGGGCACAUCCGUGCCUACAAUGCCACCAGUUCAAAUUCUAACCCUCCAAAAGUGGAGGCUAAUACAAAUUCAAAGAACCAGUGGCUGAAGGAUGAAGAAAAGGACAAAGAAAAGGUAGAAGAGCUUGAGGCGAGUGUGGUGUAG